CCCCCCCUCCCCUCCCCUCCCCUGCCUGGCCCCUGCCUCCAGACCACCGCAGCCAGCCGCAGCACGCAGCACGCCGUCGUCUCCCAACUCUCAAUCCUCUCAAUCAGUCCGAGUCGUCCGAGUCCGCUCCGCUCCGUCAAGCGCCAUACCACCCAGCGGCCCACCGCCAUCGGCCAUGUCUGCCCUCACUCACGGCGGCAUCACGGAGGACAUGUCGACAGACCUGCGCUCCGUGCUGCUGCUGGGCCCCAAGCCGAGGCCGCCCAUCGGGGGCCCGUACCACCCCAACGCGAGGCAGCGGCAGGCCGCCGAGGCCGGCGCGCGGAGGCAGCGCGUGCAGCGUCUGCUGCGGAUCCAUGAGUACCGGAAAGGCCUGGUCCGAAUGGAACGCGGGCUGGAGGCGUCCCGGGCCACGCUGCUGGCCAUGGAGGAGGAGGCGGGCGUGGACGCGAUGGAGACGCUGGCGCAGUUCAAGUCCCCCGCCGUGCCCUCCAUGCUGGGCCGCAAGCGGCGCCUCCGCGACGCGCUGGCCGAGUGCGGCCGCUGCCAGGACGGCGAGCACGGCGAGACCUUCGACGCCUUCAACGCCGUCAAGCGCCACCGACUGGAGGUGCCGGACGACCGGCCGCGCGCGCGGCGCAGCCUCCACGACGGGCUGGACGACGGCGUGGGCGUCGUGCUUCGCCACAAGCGUCUCGUAGCGCUUCAGGACGAAGAGCGUGUCCGCCGCCAGCUGGUCGACGUGGAGGUGCUCCGGGACGACGCUCGGCGACGCAAGCGUUUCGCGGCGGCCCAGGACGAGGAAGUCGGCCGCCACCGUGUCGAGGUGCUCCAGGAUGACGGCCUUCGUCACAAGCGUCGCCUAGCUGUCCAGGACGGCGCGGUGCGCCACCAUCGCAGUGAGGUUGUCCAGGACGACGCGGUGCGCCACCAUCGCAGUGCCGUGGUCCAGGACGACGCCGUGGACGGCGCGGUGCUGCGCUACCGCCGCGAGGCCCAGGAGCAGGUGGACGCCUCCCACCGCUACCAGCACGUGGUCCGCGAGCUGAAGGAGGCCCAGAAGGACCUCAAGAUCGAGGUGACGGCGUCCUCGGACGACCGCCCGUCGCCCCCCAGGCCCCGGAGGUUGCUGAUGGUCGACGACGAGGACGUGUCCCCCAUGGAGAUGACGUGGCUCCGCAAGCCCGGGCUCGAGCCCGCCACGCCCGGGGACGCCAUCCCGUCGCCGCUGUUCAUGCGCGUGCCGCGCGGCGUCCCCGGGGCCACGCCGGACCGGCUGUGCCGCUCGCCCGACGCCGCGUGCCGCUCGCCCAACGCCCUGUGCCGCUCCCCCAGUGCGCGGUGAGCCGAGAUCGGCCUCUUGGAUUGACUCACGAUUUUAAUCGUUUUGGCUGUAACUGAUUUUUAUGCACUUUUAUGGUUGCUCUCGCUGGAGCGUUUUCAAUGAUGUGAUUGUUAUAAGCGUACUGUAUCUUUUAACUAUCGCUGUUGAUGCAUUGUGUUAUGUAAAUUGUUUUUAAAUUUCAUUGGAUACAUUUUAUGGAAACUGUUUCGUGACGUGGCUGUGUUUUAAGAAAUGAGUUAUUGUGUAUUCUGUAGCGAGGGCUAUGAUUUUCCGCUUUCAAUAAAGAUUCCUUUAAAUCUUCAUCCUCA